UCCACCGGGCGGGCCGCUAAGAUGGCGGGACGGUGGUUGCGGCACAGCGCCUGGCAGCAAGUGAUCCUAUUGAGCGGACGCUCCAGCUUACGGCUGCCCGGCGCGGGGAAGGGAGAGGGCAGCAGGCAUUGUUCAGGAAGUGCAUCACUUCAGAAGACUGAAGCUGACCCAGGAGUUACUGAAGAAGAAAUUGUUGUUCCAAGAAAGAAAACUUGGGAUAAACUAGCAGUUCUUCAAACACUUGCAUCUACAGUAAACAGGGAUCCUACAGCUGCACAUUAUAUGUUUCCAGAUGACCCCUACCUUAUCCCCAGACACUCUUUUGAGUCUCGUUUAUUUUCGUUGUCCAAGGAGUCUGGGAAAAAUGCUGCAAGAUAUAUUGUUAACGAAUUUCCUCGAUUCUUUGAGAAGGACUUUGCGGAGCCUCAUAUACCGUGCCUGAUGCCAGAGAAUCUUGCACCUCAGAUUGAAGAAGUGAGUGAGGCAGCUCUUAAAGAACGUAUCCAGCUUAGAAGAGUAAAAGCUUCUGUGGACAUGUUUGAUCAGCUCCUGCAAGCAGGAACCCCUUUAUCUCUGGAGACAUCAAACCGUCUUUUGGAUCUAUUAUGUUUCUAUGGAGACAGAGAACCUACUAGGGAAGACCAGUCUGAACAAAAGGAGGAGCUGGAAGAAUCAGAGGAGGAAGCUCCAGAUCAGAGGAAACGGAGGGGGCGUUCAUGGAAGACCUCAGACUUCACUGGCCCUAAGUGGAGGGAGAACAACAAUGCCGAAAGGAUAUUUAACCUAAUGUCAGAGAGAAAUGCACACUCCUAUUGCACAAUGAUCAGAGGAAUGGUGAAGCAUGGGGCUGGCGUAAGGGCUCAUGAUAUGUACACAGACUUGCUGAAUGACAGGCACACCGCUGAUGUGUACACCUUCAAUGCCCUAAUUUUAGCAGUCCCAGAAGUGAAAGAAAACUACACUGAAAGAUGGGAACUUGUUGAAGACUUGCUGAAGCACAUGGUUCAACAGAAGGUGCAACCAAAUCUGUUAACUUUUAAUGCUGUUUUGAAGACCCUGAAGAAAUGUGGUGGUAUGGGCAAGAGUCUCUCCCUAAAGAUACUGAGGGAAAUGAAAGCACUUAACAUAGAACCCAGCCUUGCAACAUUUGAACAUCUCCUUGGUAUAUUUUAUAAAACUGGCUCAAUGGAAAUCAUCUAUGAAGUGAUGGAUGAAAUUGAAGGAAAGACUUUUGUUGCUCAGGAUCCAGACGAUGCCAAUUUCUUUGCCAGUGCGAUGCGAAUAUGCCACAGUCUUAAGGAUGUUGAGCUCGCAUAUAGAUUACAUAAGGUACUGGAGACAGGAGAUAACUGGAAACUUAUAGGAGAUGCACAGCAACAGUCUCUCUAUUGUGCAAGGUUCUUUACUCUGGUGUGUAUGAUGGAACAGCUCGAUGUCAUAUUGAAGUGGUAUAAAGAACUGGUCCCUUCGCUCUUCUACCCAAAUGCUCAAGUAAUGUGGGAUCUCCUUCAAGCAUUGGACACAGCCAACCAUUUGGAAAUGGUCCCUCAGUUUUGGAAAGAGAUCAAACAGCUUGGGCUUAGCAACAGACCCGACCUGUUGGAGGAGGUGUUGGCUCUGAUGGCCAGGGAGAUACACUCUCAGGAGACUCAGAUGUCAUUUGCCAACUGUGCUGCAGAUAUCAAAUCUAUUUUUGAAACUCGAGAGAGGAACCAGGUCCCCUUUGGGUGGACAGCGAGUGCUCUGGGUAACAUUGCCAUACUGUUCUCAAGGGUGGGGAGAAUCCAAGAAGCCUGGAACAUGCUGGAGCUUUUCAAAAGAACCAAUAGAGUCCCCAGCAACAAGGUGAUGAACGAGGUCUUGACCUGCACUAAACAAAGCAACACUCCACAUCAGGCGAUUGAGCUAGUGAAGUUGGCUGCUGCCUUCAGUCUACCUACAACUGCAAAGCUUGCAAGGAGGGUGAUAGAGGAGUUUGAACUGUCUGAAGAGCAGAAGAAGACUGUGGAAGAUGCUGAUCCCCAAAGCAGCGACAGCAGUGAUAGCGACAGUGACUAGGAGCCGUUUCACUAGCUUUCCCUGUGAAACAAAGAAUGGGAGUAGUUUCUCACUACUAUGGCCUGCGUGGGCUGCUUUGGAAAGCUGCACUCGAUUUCACCUCUCUCCUUCCAUUGGAUGUGACAGACCAAAGGACACUAGGAAUAAGAGCCUUGUACUGUUUUGCUUGCAGCGAUACCUCUCCUCCCACCGUUAUCCUCAAACCAGCUAGGAGAGAUGAUGGAAGCUCUUCCCUGUUGAAUGCUCCCCUAGUGACUUGUCCAGGGGUUAGAGAUGAGACAUAUGGUUAAGGACUAGACCACAUCUACAUGAGCCUUACUGGGACAACUACCUGUUUUCUGUUGACUUAGUUUGUGAAUUUAAACAGCCUUAAUUACUGUUUCACUGUCUUACAUGAAACAUUCUUACCAGCCCUGUGCAAUCAGCCUGUUAAGUGUUGUAAGUUACUCUGCAGCACAAGGGAGCUGAUCUAUGAAGACUCCUCUAGGGGCUUGCUUAUGGUACCUCUCCCCUCUUGGGUUCAGGAAUGGGCUUGGGGGCCCAGAGGCCAGAGCUGUGACAGCUGCUCUGUGAGCCUCUAAGGCUCCAGCUACCCUGCAACUGGGGGAGGGGGAUAAGUCUCCCCUUAAAAUAUAUAUGGCUGCUGUACUCAUAAUGAUGAUGCUUCUACCCUCCAGCAGAGGCUUACUCUGACCUUGUCUUUUAGCAUACACCCACACCAAAGGCUAGAGCUUAACCUCUGAGGCUCCCCUGUGGGAAGAGGGAGUUUGU